GCUGCCCAGCUGGUGGACGCAGUGACCAGCUUGAGGCCAUGAGUUCCACAGCCAAAUGUUCCUGCCAGCAGUUCCUAUUACAAUCCCCCUUCCGGGCUUGUCCCUUCUUCGGCAUUUGAUAUAUUUAGGGUACCCCUGGAUUUCUGAGUAUGUUGGCCGGGGUCCCUCGUUCCUCCAGGAGAGCAGCUGUCCUUGCCAUGGCGCUUGGCGCCCCCCGGGGGCCGCGGAUCCGCUGCACCGCCCAGAAGGGCUCCCCUGCACCGGGCAUCGCGCGGAGCUACGGUCUCCCCCCUGCCCCACGGAGUCCACCGUCCGCCGUGGCCAGGGGGGAGGGAAGGCGAGCGACUAUCGCCCUACGAGCACGAGGUUCCUGGGCACGUACAGACCGCCCGUGCCUGGGCUCUCCGGACAGCUCCGAUCGCGCGCGCGACCCCGCUCUUCGCUGGCGGGCGCGCGGCGGCGGAGGCGUGGCUAGUCAGCAGAGCCCGGCUUCUCCUGGGCCCGGUCGGGCUGAGCGAGCCGCCUUCCCCGCCGAAAACCGACUCGGAUCCCGGCGACUCGGAGAGGGCGCGGCAGGGCGGCGCUGCCUGGCGGGUCCCGCCGCCUCCCCGGCCACUCAUGGAGGAUCCCGCGCGGGCGCUGAGCCGCCGCCGCCUCCUCUGCUUUCUCCUCCUGCCGCUGGCCGCCCUCAGCGGCGCCAGGAAGGUCCAGCUGCCUCCGGGGCCCUUGUACCGUGUGGAAGGCGCCACCCUCGCCAUUCCCUGCAACGUCUCCGAGUUCGAGGGUCCUUCCCUGCAGCAGUUCGAGUGGUUCCUGUAUCGCCCGUCGGCUCCCGACAUCUCCAUCGGCAUGGUCAGCACGCGAGACCCCAACUUCCCUUACGCCGUUUUUGGAGCCCGAGUGCAGGCUGGCAACAUCUCCAUCCUGCGCGUUCGGGGUGACGCUGUGGAACUGCGUGUGAGGACGAUCCGGAUGGAGGACACGGGGGUCUAUGAGUGCUACACGCCCACCACGGAUUCCAAAUACCAGGGCACCUAUAGCGCCAAGGUGGAGGUCAGAGUUAUCCCUGACCAGCUCUCUGUCUCCGCUGCCCCUCCCUCCAGUGCGAAGUCCCCUUUCCAGGGCCGGGGGGGCAAAGCUGCUCCCCCUCCCCAGAUGGUGCUUUUGGAGAGCCAGGACCUGCUGCUCACCUGCUCUGUGGCCAGCGGGACCCAGCAGCACACCCACCUCUCGGUCGCCUUCACAGUCUCCGCGCCCGGAAGCCCCCGGCUGCAGCAGGAGGUGAUCGGGCUGCAGCGGGACUUUGCCCUGGAGGCUGCCGGGCGUUUUGCCCCACGGCGCUCGGCCCGGGAGCUCGCCCUGGUCAAGCUGGGCGACUGGCGGUACCAGAUGGCACUAGGCCGACUCAAGCCAGAGGACUCUGGGACCUAUCAUUGCACCGCCGGGGAGUGGAUCCAGGAUCCCGACGGCAGCUGGCAGCAGAUCACUGAGAAGCGGGUAACGCUGGCUGAUGUCUCGGUUCAAAGCAUAGAGAGCCAGCUCUCGGUGUCUGCCGGUCCCCGCAGAGUCCUGCUCAGCCCCCGAGAUUCUCUGGAGCUCUUCUGCAACGUCUCCGGAGGCCCCGCCCUCCUCCUGCCCCACGUCGCCUGGGCGGUGAGCUGGGAGCUGAGGAAGGAGGCUGCUGGGCAGGGGCAUCUCAUUGCCCGGCUGGAGGCCAGUGGAGGGCUUGUCCUGGGCCAGAACUACGCCAGCCGCGACGUGGGCACGAGGCAUGUCUCCCUGCAGAAGCUGGACACCCCGCUGGGCACUUUCCUGCUACGGAUCGCGUCGGCCCAGCCGGCAGACGAGGGCUCAUACCGCUGCGAGGUUCAGGCCUUCUCGCGGUCUCCGAGCGCAGAGCUGCGCCCGUUGGCUGCCCUGAGCUCCGAGGCGGUCAGCGUGGAGAUCAAGUCCCAAGCGGUGGUGCUGGGGGCCGUUGCGUGGCUGCCCUUCCCCACCUACCGUGGCGGCAUAGCUGACGUCCGGUGCAACGUCUCGGGGGAAUCAGCUCAGGACCUCCACCUGGCCCUCAGCUGGUGGGCGGAGCUACCACAGCCAGGCUCCACCCCGCUUGGGGUCAUCUUGGCCUCCGUGGACCGCGAGGGGGUGGCCCAGCUGGAGGAGCGGCCGUCUGGCGGGGCCCUGAGCGUGGAUAAAGUGGGGCCGCACAGCCACCGGCUGCGCUUGCAUGCGGUCCAGCCAUCUGACGAAGGGGGCUACUACUGCGCUGUGACCGCCUGGGUGCACUCUCCUGACCACAGCUGGUAUCAGGCCGCUUCAGCAAAGUCCAACAUGGUCACUGUGUACCCGUAUCCGCUGGCCAUGGACACCCUCCUCAUCCCUCUGGCGGUCGGCAUCUCCAGCGCCAUCCUCCUGGGGGUCUCCAUCCUCGUCUCGGUCACCUGCUGCUUCAUGGCGAGGCUGCGCAAGAGGUGAACACCGUCCGGGCGGACAUAGUCCUGCCAGUCACCAAGAUGGCGUCUUCUCAGCCAAAUCUCUCUGCCCUGUGCCCCUUUUCAAUGUGCUUGAGGGCCAGGGGAGAUGGACUUUCCUUCAUCCCCCUCCUCUCCAUUGGCAGACCCCUCUUGCUGCUCUGUUGUGUCCUCUUAACAACAUUGGGAGCUGCUUCCUGCUCAUCAAGGCAGCUGUCUCUUCUUAUUCCAUCUGUUUGGGCUUUGGCAGAGCACGGCUGUGUCCUCAGUGCUUCGGAAGGCCUGCCACAAAAGGGAGUUCAGGGCCUCUCCUUCACUUGAGCCGGGGAGGAGCCCCUGUUUGUGCGGGGUGCAGCUUUUCUUUCUAUACUCUUGGAGGCUUUUGGAAGCUCUCUACCCCCCCCCCCAGGGGGGGGGAGACAACUGGAAGGAGUCACGGCCUCCUCCAAGAGAAGCGCAGGACUUGAGAUGGAUGCCUGCCCUGGAGACCUAUCGGGAGCCCCAGAGCAGUGGGCGGCCAUCUUCCAACACCCGGAUUGUGCCAAGGGAACCCCUUUUGAGGGAUCAGGGGAACCAUUCCACCCCACGCCUAGCCUCCUGAGGAUCUCAGCCUCCCCCUCCCCUGGUUUCCUGCUGCAGAAGCUGCUGCCGGAGUCCCUGCUGCGGGAGACGCCAUAGCAACAAGCUGCACCCCAGCGGGGGAGCCGGGCACCAUGGAGGCCGCCCGACAGAGGAGCCCAGCAGCCGAGCGUCUGCCUUUUGGCUUUCGAAGGAGAUGGCUCUGUGUCCACCAGCCGGGCCCUUUCCGGCCAGAGGGGCUUUGUUUCUGCCCCAGCACUCGGUACCAGCAGGGAGCUCUGGGCUUCUCUAGGAAAGCAGCGGUGCCAUCAAGGGAAGCCAGUCGUUCUUGUGUCAUUUGUGUUGUGUGUGAGUGUGUGCAUGCAAGGGGGAGACCCUCACUUGGCUUCCCUUCCAAAUUCCAUUGCCAGCAGGAAAUGCCAGGCUGUGCCCACGGCUCAGUGCCCAUCCUGAGAGAGCGGCUUUGGGCUCCUGGCAUCCCACCGGGCAUCUUCUGCCCUUCGCUACUCAGCUCGGAGGGAAGAAGGCGAGGCCUGCCCAUCCAGGAGCACCUGAUGGUGCUGAAAUUCAAACUGGGGCCCUCCCAGUGCACGGAGGGGAGAAACCCUCAAACUUGAAAAUAAUGUUUGUGAGGCCAAAUGGGACUUUAAUAAAAAUGUGA